UUUUUAUUUUAUUAAAUUUUGUCAUGGGGAAGGGGUUGGAUAUGAAAAUCCUAUUUUUUUCUAUUUAGUGGACAUAAAGACAAAAAGUCUCUUAUUAAAACUGCCAAAUUGUCCAAAAAAUAUUGAAGAAAUGAUUAUUGUUCGUUGCUGGUUAGAACACCUAUUUAAGUGUGCUAUUGUAGGAGCUUAUAUUGAUACAACGAUAUUUAAUCCAGAAAUGAUCAAUAUAUUAUUUGAUAACGACAAAACAAUUCCUAUUCGGUUUAACUAUCAAAGCCUACUUAUGAUUGCUCACAAUAAAACAUUCGAAAAUGUUUUGAACUUUGUUUCAAAUCAUUUAACAAUUUCUAAAUUAUUUAACAUCAGUUUUUGUGACGUUUUCAAUACAGAGCAACACAGAAAUAUUUUAUUCAAUUUUUUAAUAAACGAAGGCAAUAACCUACCACAAAUUCGUUUACAAAGUUCUAAUUUAUCACGGCUUUAUGAUUCUAUUAUAGAAGUAAAUUUUGAUAAAAAAAAUAAAUUUAAAUUUUUAGUAUAUUACAACAUCAAAAGAUUGUUCAAAAAUGGUGCCUGUUAUUAG